GUAGGCUGAACCAGUUAAUCAGCUGUUGAGUGAGAGUGAGACUAAUGAAUGAGAGUGAGAGAGUGACUGUUGAGUGAGAGAUUGAGUGUGUAGCUAAGCUAGUUGUGUGUUGUAGUCAGUGUCAGUCUAAGGAGGUAUACACACCACAACACAACAGCAAAACACAUCAUCAUCAUCACCAUCUCAGUAUCUCUCUGACCAUGUCUGCCGCCGAUACCGCCGCUACACUGAGCAUGCCUACGGUUGCCGGCAUUGUUGUUGGCACCUUCCUGCUACUGUGUAGUAUUGUAGCAAUGGCCUUUGUCUGCUGGAAAUGUUCCUACUGUCGGACAAGAGGCUUUUGGGAUAACAACAUUAAAAAACUCAUCAGAAAAAUUCACGCAAUAUGCCACAAGGAGAAAAAAGAAGACAAAAUGCAGUUGGUAACAGCUCCAGCAAUCUGUCGGAGCUCAAAAGUACAGGCACCGUUCGUUGUUCCUCAGAUUUUCGUCGACUAUGGCAGUCGGAGAACUUCGUACACUUCCGAGGCUGAUCGACGGAUCUCACUAAGCAGCAACAGCAGCCGACGGACUUCGUUUGCUUCCGAAAGCGAUCGGCGGGGUUCAGGCAGCAGCUUUUGUAGUCGGCGGACAUCUUUAGCAUCAGAUACAGACCGCAGGGGUUCAGCUAGCAGUUAUUACAGUCGGAGAACAUCCCUGGCUUCAGAAUCAGAUCGAAGAGGAUCGGCGAGCAGUCGCAGUAGUAAGAGAGAUUCCGAUAUCAGAAGUGAUGAUAUAGAGCAAGUGUUUUACGAUUAUUCCGAUUCCGAUAUCAAUGGAGUGGAUGAGAUGUAUCGAUCCUAUCGAUUCGAGAUGUUGGAGGAGGAGAAAGAAGAAGAGUCGAUUAAUAGCACAACGGGAAAGCGAAGCAUGUCUUUGGCUGAGAUUGGUAAGGACAACAAAGGCUCCACUUCUUUGGAUGGUACACCAUGUAAGAAAAAGCCACUCAAACGACGCGGGACUUUAUCGACCCUCGUUGUUAACAGUCUCAGCAAUUUCGAUCACAACUUGAACCCACCACCCGGACAACAACAGUACAUGCGCAAAAAGCAAAAGACAACGCGACAAAAUGUAAUUGGUUUGCCCGAUUCGCCAUUCCUGAUGCACGAUUUGAACUUGGAAGAAAUGGUACCUCGCUAUGCUCCUCCUGUUAAACCAACAGGGCAGCUAAAACUGCAACUCAAUUUUAUCGAGGAUAAAACAUCAUUAAAUAUAUUCAUUAUCGAGGCCCAGAACCUUGUGAUGCCAGCAUGUUCUCAACAGCCAUUACUGAAUCCCUCUGUCAAAGGUUUCCUCACUCCGGGAAGAACCGUCAAAUUCCACACCAAAACUGUUUACAAAACAAAAAAUCCUGUUUUCUUGGAGAAAUUCACAAUAAAAGAGUUGUCCUCAGUGGACUUCACCGACGACGCUGCUUUGGAAUUCCAAAUGUACUCAGCUGAGGCAAGAGGGCGGCGCCAUUUACUGGGUGUUGGCACCAUUCUGUUGAAAGAGAUCGACCAACUGACCGAUGGGAAAGCCAACCUUACGCUAAUGCCGCAAACGGUCUUACGGUUGCACCAAGGUGACCUUCGUAUUUCUGGAUGUUACCAGCCCGUAGCCGGUAAAAUGGUCUUUAAUGUUAUAGAAGCUAAACACAUUCCGAAAGUGACACUGGUUGGAACUGUCAAUCCUUACAUCAAAGUGGAGAUGUACGUGAAUGGACUGAGGGAAGCAAAACACAAGACGAAAGUACGUCAGAACAUGACGGAACCAGCUUGGCAUCACCAGUGUGUCUUUGAUAUCAACCGAGAAAACCCGAAACUAUUGGGUCACAUGUUUGUCUUCACGGUGAUGCACAAAGACAUGAUGACCGGAGCACACAGAAUCGGCAAGGUGGAAUUAGGUUGGUAUAGCCAUGGUGAACAACUACGCCAUUGGUACGAAAUAAUGGAACAUCCUCACCGACCUGCUGACUAUUGGCACCCAGUCAUCAAAGAGAGUAAAUUAAAUUCCUGAGUAUCCACUAGAAAUGGCUAACUUAAUUAUUAAACCUCCAGCUUUUGGUAGUUUGUUUUCUUUUCGUUCAACCAUGAAGUUUGUUCUACAGAUUUUUAUUCUACCACAAAGUUUGUCAACCAUGAAAUUUGUCUACCACAAAGUCUGUCAACCAAAAAGUCUGUUCUACAGAGUUUAUCUACCACAAAGUUUGUUCCACCACAAAGUCUCCCCAUCAUAAACUCUGUCUACCACAAACUCUGUCAACAGCAGAGUUGUUCUGCCACAGAGUCUGUCUGCCAGAGUUGUUCUACCACAGAGCCUGUCUACAUGAGAGUUAUUAUACCACAAAGUUUGUCUACCAUUGUGUUUGUUCUACCGUGUCAUUUCUUUUUUCCUCUGUCACAUUUUAUUCAACCACAAAGUUUAUCUACUGCAAAGUUUAUUCAGUUAAAAAGUUGUUCUACUGAGUAUAUUUUCUGCCACAAA